AGGUACCUGUGACGGCCCAAAUAGCCGAAGUGAAGAAGGAAGAAGCGAAAGCACCUGCCAAGGAAAAUCCACAGGUUCAAGAAAAAGAGACUGUGUCGACGACCUCCGACCUUGCGGAUCUCUUGAGUCAAACCAUGAAAGAAGUCGAGGAGCAGCAACCUCCAAAAGAAAAGAAGGUCUCUGAGUUCAUGGAACUGACGAGUAUGGCAAUGAACGAUGGUCAGGGUGCCUUCACGCCGACGCAUGACUUUUCUGUCGAUGUCGAUCCCUUCGCGACGAUUGCAGACAUCCAUGCGACUUCCAGGUCGAAUGGCCGGGGUGCCAAUGGCACCCGUAACGGUGAGAAAAAGAACGGUGCCGAGAUGGAGGAAGUGGAUGCUGAGCAGAAACUCCAAGAAUACUACGAGAAGAAGGGCAUUAAGGAACCAGGCGCAGAAUGGGCUGAGCACUUUGACCCCCAGGAGGAAGAAGAAGAGGAGGAAGAGCAGCCGAUCAUCAAGCGUCGACGGGGCACUGAUGAUCAGGUGGACUUUAGUUUCCUCGAAAAAGGAGAUGUGGAAGGUGAAGUGACGGUCGGCAUCAAGGAAGUGGCUAUCCGCUUGGGCGGCCGCACAGUGCUGCAAGACGCCUCUUGGACUGUAAAGACGGGUGAACGCCUAGCGCUGGUGGGGGCCAAUGGUUGUGGCAAGACGACCCAGCUACGUGUCUUGCUGGACCAGUUGACCCCUGACAACGGAAGCGUCGUGCGCAGCCCUGCCAAUGCGAAGAUUGCUAUCUUGGAGC